AUGGUACGCUCAUCGAGCUCAUGCGAGGCCAAACGCCAGGCCGACGGCGGUGACCAAGACUCCUCCACGACAGUCCCUCUCCGCACCGGCUGGCGCCACCCAACUGCUCAGACGAAUUCAACCCAAGCCACUGCGAGGCCACGCCGCAACGUAACGGCGCCUAUGGGAGUUGGAGGGGUCCCCGCCCAGCAGCAUAAUGAUGCUGCUGCUGCUGCUGCUGCUGCCGCUGCCACCCAUGGUCAGGAGGGCAUUCGCAGGCUGACCGUCAACCAAGGGCGAAUCUCGGUGACAGGCGCAAGGGGUAUCGCGCCCGCCGAAGACGCCAUCCAUGUGCGAGCGAACACCGUAUCCUCAAGCAAGAGAAUCAAGGGCAAGACUCAGGCCUCGGCUGAGAAAGUCGAAGAGAAGAAGGAGGACAUCUCGACGUGCAGAGAUGUCCACAACAAAGAUACCAUCGUGUGCUACUUUCCCCAUGGUAAGGGUGAGACCAAGUACGUCAACAAGAACGUCAAGAAGGAGAAGAACCAGACGCCCGCCGGCAGCGACAUCUCGUCGCCCCAGUUGCACGGGACACGGCGCUCAGAGCGGCGCGCCAACAUUGAGCCCGAGUUUGCUGGUCUCCCACGUCCCACGCGGACUGGAUCUAGUGUGCAGGGCUCACAAGCCUCGCAGGCCUCGCAGGUUGGUGUCAAAGACCAAGGCGGACAGGCCCGCACAUCGGCGACCGCCAAUUCUGCCAACCCUUCCAAUAAUACCACCACUGGCCACAUCGCUCACGCUCGCACCGACUCCAAGAUGAUGACGACGAUGACGGCUAACAACGCACAGCCCACCACCAGCGGUCGUGUCACUCGCAGUAAGACCAAGGCCAACAACGCCAACGUCAACAUUAACACCAAUACCGCAUCAUCCUCACUGGCGGUUGCACCGUCCUCCCGCCCCAUGAACCGCUCCCGCACCCAGAACAUCAGUUCGAUCACUAACACGGGCAGCGGAGACAAUAGUUCUUCUGGCCCAGCAUUCGCUUGGGACGUCCCCGACCCCAAGGACACAUUGAAGAAGCGGCCCCACUGGAAACAGAAGCGGAUGACAUACCCUGAGGGCUACGACCCGCACACGGUGGAUGAGGUGGCGGCGCAUGAGGCCAAGUACGCAAGACGCCUGGCCAUGUCUGGUUCUGGUGCUGCAGAGCAAUAUUCCGAGAGCAACGUCCGGGGCGCGGUGGACGAGGACCCGAGGGAGCGCGAGGUGAAGAGGGUCAUGGGUAAGAUGGUUAAGGAGGCCAUGGCCAAGAACAAGGCCGAGGAGGAGGCCGAGAAGCGCAACAAGGCUCGUAUGCACCCGGAUAUUUCCACCUCGUUCAAUAAGGACGUCCGGGAGCGUCAGCCCGCCGCUCCUCGAAACGCGCCUCAGGCUGGACGCUUCCCUCCUGUCGUCGAUGGCCCUCGCCCAGGACAGAUGAGCACGGCCCCUGCCGAGUUUUUCCCCGGUCAGACUGCUCAUAUGUUUCCCCCUGGCAAUGCGCAUAAUCGCAUGCGAGACAACGCAUCCUCGUUACGGUUGGGGCACGAGGAGGACGAACCGGACUUGCUACAGCUAGUGAUGGACCGGAUGCACGAGACUGAGCAGAGAGACAUAUGUGCAGGCCGCGCCCCGUUCCAAAGCACUGCGCCCAUGUACGACUUGCAGUACCGUAACCCCGUCGCGUCUGGACGUAUCGGUGGACGGCACAAUGAGAAUGGCUCAGAUUGGCGUGGCGAGCAGCAGGGCGGCGAGGGCAAUGGUCGAGACGUAUACAACACUCGAAGCUUGAACGUGCCGACAGGACGCCAUGGCAUGCCACGCGAGGAGCCUCCUCCGCCGAGCCAGCCCUUCCCACCCUUGACAGGACCGUGGUCGACAUUCCCAGAGAAUCUGCAGCGGCCGAUGGACCAGCCUGAGAACGUGGGCGGACGAGCUGACGGUUUGCAUCGUCAAGGCCCAUCUGCUGGUCGUGGUGGCGGCGGUGGUUAUGGUGCCACUGGUAGAGGUGGUUAUGCUGGUGGUUCCCAACACAUGGGACAGCCUCGGCGCCAGUAA